AUGAACACGACGGAGAAACCCCUGACGGCGGCCGCCCUUCCGGUGACUUCGCCGCCCACACACGAUAAAGCAAGACUGAACCUUCCGUUGGUGUCCAAUAAUUUCAUGCCAAUUACCACCGCGGCUUUGAACCCAGGAAGCCCUUCUAGGGUUCAUGGCCAAUCUAGGGUUUCUGACACCCAACCUAAUCAUAUGAUUAGAGGAACUUCUUAUGCAGGGAUGGAGCAAAUAAUCAUCGAGGAGUCCGGAAACCAUGAGGCUAUACCAGAGAAUAGUAUUGCCAUUGCAAAGCAAGUGGAGAGUUCACAGGGAAACCACAAAGAGGCGACGAGGAACUCUUACGCCAAUGUUAUCAGGCCGGCGUUUGUUAGGAAACCUGACGUGUUGGUUCACAGGUGCGCCAUGAUCACGCCGGAAAUAAAAAACGGAACGAUCUCUAUCAAAAUUCCGGAGGCCAUGUAUAAGGAAAGGGUGAAGCAAUUCCAACACGCUCUCAUCGGACGUUUGCUUCUUCACAAAGGUGAGAAACCACAGCUUGCGGCGGAAGUAAAACAGGAACUUCAAAGGUUAUGGCAACCAAAGGAAGAAUGGCACUUGAUUCCCAUGAGCAAAGGAUUUUACACGGUUAGAUUCUCGAAUGCUGAGGACAAAAUAAUGGCCAAACGUUCUACCGUUUGGAAUCUGAGGUCUGGCUCCUUAAGGCUUCGUGAAUGGGUAAGAAACUUCGACCCUUAUAAGGAGAUAUCGUCCCUUUGUCAAGUUUGGAUGCGCAUAUAUUAUCUUCCUGUUGAAUAUUGGACAAAAGAAAUUAUAUCAAGCAUUGCUCGUUCGGCGGGUAUGCCUAUCAAGGUGGAUGGAGCCACGGCUCAUGGGGAAGUAGGACAUUACGCUAGAGUGUUGGUGGAGGUUGAUCUGGCGCAUCCUUUACCGGAAUCGGCUUCCGUGGAGUGUCAUGAUCGCUCUAUUUACGUGGAAUUUGGCUUUGAAAAACUGCCUGCUUUUUGCACUAGGUGUAAAAUUACGGGUCACGCCUUGGAUACAUGCAAGAAAAGGACGGAGAAGGUGGUUAACAGAGGUACUGAGAAAGACAAUAAUCCAACAGAUAAGGAAGGUAAUAAUGGUGAUGAGGUGAUUAUUAAUAAAGUUGCGGAAGCUGCAGGUCAGGUUCAGAAAAAUAACAACUUGGAGGUUAUCAAACCAAAGCCAGCAUGGAGGCCGAGGGAGAACAUUAAUCAGGAAACUGCUGUUGGCAACAAAUUCAAUGCGCUUGCUCAAGUGAAUAUUGAGGAUUUUUUGGGUGCUGAUAUUCUGGAACAAGACACAAGGGUAGCAGGAGAUGGGCUCAAUAAAGGAAAAGAAUCUGAGUUGGCUGAGGAGGUGGAUUCAGAUGGGGAUACUUUUGAGCACUUACAAAUGGAAACUCCGGAAUCGCCCCGGCAGAAAGUGGCGGAGGAAAGCAAUCAGGCGGAACAUUUGCGGAGAGAUGAGCAAAAACAGGCUACGAUAACGGAGAAUAGCCUCAGUAAGGUCGAGGGGGGCAAGGUGCUACCGGUGAAGAAAAGAGGCAGACCCCCGGGGCAAACGAAUAAAGAAAUAAGGAAGCAGCCACCGGGAGCAGAUAGCAUAAAGGGCAGAUUGCGGAAAGCUCAGGAGGUCGAACCCAAUCCUGAAGCGGUUGAAAGCAUUAAAGAGCAAUUGUACAAAGCUUGGGAAGCAGGAGGAAAUCCGAGGGAUUUUGUUAUUGCAAAUGAUGGAUCUUCAAGUGCGAAAAUAAUGUCGAAAAUUGGAGCUAGAAGCUGGGCGGAGGAAGUGGAAAGGGAUGACGCCCUAACCACGAGAAACUGA